UUCCACCGGACCCCGUCCGUCGCCUCAAAAGCGACGGCUCUCCAUCGCGCUCUCUUCCGCGCCGCUUAACCUUAACAAACUCUCUCACGUCGACGUCAUGACCGUCGGCUCGAUGCUCGCGAGGAACCACAACGUCCUCGCCAAGGCGUGCCUCGGCGGAGGCUUCGCGUACGGGUUCGCGUACACGAACACGCACGGCUCGUCGCCGCUGAAAGACGCGGCGGUCACCGCGGGCCUCGAGGACGCGAACCAGCAGACGACGUUCACGAUCCGCACGUCGCACGCGGAUCCGUAGACGCGAUCCGCGGCUCUCUUGUACCAAAACUAUAGCACUAGGGGGGGGGGUAGGUUCGCGCCCCGACCGACGGGCGAGAGACGCCGGCUUCCAGGGUCGUUGCUUUUUACCUCAUCAUGGCGUGUGCCAGCUGGAGGCUAACUGGACCGGCGGCGGCGGCGGAGCGAACGAACGAACGAACCGUCCCGCGAGAGCGUGAGCGGUCGACGCGCGGCGAAUACCGCGCGCGUCGACGGCACGACCGCGGACGCGAACGACGACGCGAACGGACGAGGCGACGCGGGACCCAGUGGACGGGGGGGGGGCCGGGCGUCGACGACGCGCACCAAAAAUUCAUCAUUCAUUCAUCAUCACGUGUUUCGAAGAAUUGACGACUAGUCUGUACCAAACGCAGAAGGAACGAACGAACGAGAAAGAAAGACGUGUACCAACACACAUGUUGUAACAUUACGUCAGUACAUCACGUC